AUGCAGGGCAAAGUAUUUGCUGUGACCGGUGCUGGAUCAGGCAUUGGAAGGGCCACGGCUGUGAGGUUAGCAGAACUUGGCGCUCGAGGUAUUGCGAUAAGCGACGUGAAUGAGACCAUGCUGGAAGAAACAAAGAAGCAAUGCAGCCGAUAUCCCGCAAAGGUCACGGUGAAAAAGGUCGAUGUGGCCAGUAUCGAGGAGGUUAAUGCAUGGGUUGAUGAGGUUCUUCGGGACCAUGGCAAGCUAGACGGUGCUGCAAACAUUGCUGGGGUCGCCGGCGGUGAGGGCCAAAUAACCGAAGAUAUAGUCCAGAAAGACUGGGAGAGAAUGAUCUCGGUUAAUUUAACUGGGGUGAUGAAUUGUAUGAGGGCUCAACUACAGAAGAUCUCGAGGCCUGGAGGUUCGAUCGUGAACGUAUCUAGUACCUCCGGCCUCAGAGGUCUACCGAAGAAUGCCGCCUACGCCUCUAGCAAGUUCGGUGUCAUCGGCCUAACAGAAUCAACUGCCGCAGAAUAUGGUAAACUUGGAGUUCGAGUUAACGCCAUCCUACCAGGCCCGGUCGAUACUAAGAUCUUCCGUGAUGGAGAAAAGAAAGGGCUGUUUGACUCUGAGCUACUAAGCGCUGGAACCCUACUGGGUCGCAUGGGCAAAGCGGAAGAAGUAGCGAAGGUGUUGGUUUUCCUGCUGAGUGAUGAUGCGUCGUUUGUGACAGGAGCACGUUGGACGGUGGAUGGAGGUUAUUCUGCGUGCGGUUUCUACAGGUCUGGAUGA